CCGGCCAAAAUGGCGGUGGGGUUGGUGAGCGGACGCCGAGAGUUUCUGCGCCUGCUAUGGCUCCAGCGUCAGUUCCACAGUGUCACAGGGCCCUCGCAGUGGACCCGGAAACCACUAACCGCGGGCCUUCAGCCCCCAGCCGGCCCGUGCUGCGGGCGCUUGCACUACGUCCUCCUUGCGGCUCCCGGCCCCCGCUGCCUCAGUACUUCUGCCAUCUCGUUUGCAGAAGCCCAGGUUCAGGUCCCUCCUGUUGUUCCUGCAACUCCCUCAUCCACAGCAAUACCGGAGGUGGCUUCUGGAGAGAUUGCCGAUGUAGUCCAAGCUGCUACAGGACAGAGCUUCACUGAACUGGGGCUGGGGUCAUACACCCCAGUGGGACUGAUCCAGAACUUACUGGAAUUUAUGCAUGUUAACCUGGACCUGCCUUGGUGGGGAGCCAUUGCUGCUUGUACAGUCCUUGCUCGCUGCCUGGUUUUUCCUCUCAUCGUGAAGGGCCAGCGAGAGGCGGCAAAGAUCCACAACCACUUGCCAGAGAUCCAGAGGUUUUCCACUCGAAUCAGAGAGGCCAAGUUGGCAGGGGACCAUGCUGAGUUUUACAGGGCCUCCUCAGAGAUGACACUUUACCAGAAAAAGCAUGACGUUAAACUCUUUAAACCUCUCAUUCUACCUCUGACUCAGGCCCCAAUCUUCAUCUCCUUCUUCAUUGCCUUGAGAGAGAUGGCAAACCUUCCUGUGCCCAGCAUGCAGACAGGUGGCCUCUGGUGGUUCCAGGAUCUCACAGUGUCUGAUCCCACCUACAUAUUACCACUGGUAGUCACCACUACAAUGUGGGGUGUCCUUGAGCUAGGUGCUGAGACAGGUGUGCAAAGUUCUGACCUUCGGUGGAUGAGAAAUGUUAUCAGAGUGUUACCCCUGGUAGUCUUGCCCAUAACCAUCCAUUUCCCCUCGGCAGUGUUCAUGUACUGGCUCUCUUCCAAUGUGUUUUCCCUGGGCCAAGUGGCCUGCCUCCGGAUUCCAGCUGUACGCACUAUACUUAAAAUCCCCCAGCGUGUUGUGCAUGACCCUGACAAAUUACCUCCACAGGAAGGCUUCAUAAAGAGCUUCAAAACAGGCUGGAAGAAUGCUGAAAUGGCACAUCAGCUACGACAGCGUGAACGACGCAUGCAGAAUCACUUGGAGCUAGCAGCCAGGGGUCCCUUACGACAGACCUUCACCCACAACCCUCUGCUACAGCAUGGAAAGAAUCACACUCUCGACACUCCUGACAGUAGCAGCAACAAAUCAAAGUCAAAGCGGCCUUGGCGUGAGACACUUGGCUGAUUUAAGGUCCCUGCUCAUUCUGGCAGGAGUUCAAAGACUCAUCCUCAAAACAAGAUUUGAUGCAGUGUCCUUGCCCCAGACCUAGGAACUGUGGGACAUGGAGGUGGUCAUUUUAAAAAAUGGAUUCCACUACACACUUUCUUUUACCUGUGUGUAAAAGAAAGCACUGGGGAGCCAAGUUAUCAUCCCAUCCACAGAGUUAGUAAACCUCUGUACUUCAUGCUGCUUCCUGAUAAUUAUUAAACAGGGAAAUAGGUUGUGUGCUUCAGAAAAA